CCCCAGCCCAUCACAAACAGUGGGCUCAGUGGGGUGAGCUUUAUGCUGCCCUAGCCCCUUGCCCCUUGGACAGAUACCCAUCUGCACUUGAAUGGACAGGGGGUUUGGAGCCAGCCUUCCCACACCUGACCCUCACAUGGCCACCUGCUCAUGGGGUCAGACUGCAGUGCUGUCGCACACCACGCUGCCUGCUCUGCCUCCUAUGUGUGCCUGAAGGAACCUGUCUACGACCACUCAGCUUAUCACAGAACCCAGGGACUUGUCAGGCACAUUUGGCCACCAGCUGUGGCUCAGCUUCGCUCCUGUGGCCGACACGAUUGCCCACCACUUCUUCCUCUCCACCAAGCAGAUCAACUGGCUUUCGCUAAUCUACCUUGUGGCGUCCAUCCCAUCCGGCGUGGUGGCCAUCUGGGUUCUGGACUCUGUUGGGCUCCGCUGGGCAACCAUCGUGUGCGCGUGGCUGAACUUUGCUGGGAGUGUGUUCAGAACUCUGCCCUUCCUAUUCAUCGAGAUCCAGGACCCAUUUUCCUCCCUCAUGGCUGGGCAGAGCCUCUGUGCUCUGGCACAGACCCUGGUCAUCUUCUCUCCAGCCAAGCUGGCUGCCUUGUGGUUCCCGGAGCACCAGCGAGCCACAGCCAACAUGAUCGGCACCAUGUCAAACCCCUUGGGCAUCCUGGUGGCCAACUUGCUGUCACCUGCCCUGGUGAAGAAGGAGAAGGAUAUCCCUAUGAUGGUGAGAGAGCUCAUGAGCUGGGCAUCUAUAUCAUCCCUGCGGGCCUCGCCUGUCUCCUGGCCACUGCCUGCCUCUGGGAGAGUGUGCCUCCCAGCCCACCCUCUGCAGGGGCCGCCCACUCCACCUCAGAGAAGUUCCUGGAUGGGUUGAAGCUGCUCUUGUGGAACAGAGCCUAUAUCAUCCUGGCCGUGUGUUUCGGAGGCGGCAUCGGCAUCUUCUCCAGCUUCUCGGUUCUCCUGGAGCAGGUCCUUUGUGUGAAGGGCUACUCCAACGAAUUUGCAGGCCUUUGUGGGGCUCUCUUCAUUGUGUUCGGAGUCCUGGGGGCACUUGUUCUCAGCCUGUAUGUGGACUGGACCAAACAGUUCACUGAAACUGUCAAGAUUGGCUUCUGUCUGACCUCCAUAGUCUGCGUGGCCUUUGCGCUGGUGUCUCAGCUGCAGGGACAGACCUUGGCAUUGGCCGCCAUCUGCUCACUGCUGGGGCUGUUUGGCUUCUCAGUGGCGCCCAUCGCCAUGGAGCUGGUGGUCGAGUGCUCCUUCCCUGUAGGUGAGGGUGCAGCCGCAGGCCUGGUCAUCGUUCUGGGGCAGGCCGAGGGUGUGCUCAUCAUGGUCCUGCUGACUGCCCUGACCGUUCGUCGUGCGGAGCCGUCCAUCUCCACCUGCCAGGAUGGCCAGGGCCCAUUGGACUGGACGGUGUCCAUGCUGCUGAUGGCUGGCCUGUGUGCCCUCUUCAGCUGUUUCCUGGUGGUGUUCUUCCACACUCCGUACCGGCGCCUGCAGGCUGAGGCCCACGUGAGCCACUCCAUCCAGGAGGACACGUCCCCAGAAACUGCGGAUCACGAGCCCCGCCCAGCAGCUACGCCCUGAGGCUCCACGUGGGCACGCCCCCACCACCUCCAGCACAGACUGUAGGAAGCUCAGGCAGGGGCCACUCAUUCCCAGCACCAUUCUCCUGGCCCUACCUGCUUGUUUGGGGGAGCCCUGAGCUGCUGGAGGCCCCGGGACCUGCAGAGAGGUCACAGGGGUCCCUGCAGAGUUCUGGAAGCCAAAAGAGCCAUCAGUGCAUCAAGAAGUGGUCCUGGGGACAUGAAGGGGUGGCCAAGAGGGGUGGGCUCUGGUCCCAGGGUGACAGCAUCCAGCAGGUGCCAGAGGGAUUUGGAGUCCUUGGCACACCCAAAGCACAGCAGGAUGACCUAGGGGAGACCCUGUGGCUAGAGCAAGAACUGCUGGUGCAGCCACCGGGCAGGCAGGUGCCCCAGUGGCCAGGCCAGACCCAGGGUGGCUGGCGCAGGAGCAGUGUAUGCGGGAUGGACCUGGCUUGAGGAACAAGGGCUGAGGGGAAGCCUCAUGGAUUGGCAGUCCUGAGGGCCCCUGGCAUGACUGAGGCUGGAGUGGACAGUUGUGAGAAACGGCUUCCUUGAGGAAUCCCAACCCAUACCUUUUCUCGACCUCUGCCGACUGCAGAGUGACUGACUCCCGGAGUGAGUUCGAGGACAGCAGGUGGAGUCGGGCUGCUCUGGGAGGGGGAAGCAGAGGGAGGGCCCUACAGGCAGAACCUCCCACUCCAGGCAGAUGCUCCCACCCCUACGAGACCCUUCCCCUCCAGCCUCUCCCAGUUCCAAGCACACACUUCUACCCCUCAGGGGUCCUCCCCCAAACUCUCCCCAACAAGGCAGACACUUCUCCCAGCCCUAGGCAGAAGUCCCGCACCUGCAGACCCUCCCACCUCCAGGCGGACACCUUCUCUCCCCCUCAGACUCUGGCAGGCAGGUUUAUGCGUUCAUGUUUAUUGAACUGGCUGCAGCCCAGGUGGGGAUGGGGGAAACGUGCCCCUCACUCCUCCUUCUCCUCCCCGUGGGUGAGCACGUAGCUCAAUGCCUUAUAGUCCAGGUUGCCUGCAGCAUCGAUGGUAGCAAACUGGAACAUCUGGUCCACCUGCAAGCCGGUCCGGUUGGGGGAGUCAGGCCCAGGGAGGAGGGGAAGGAACACAAUGGUCUGGUGAAUUAUAGACACUGAACUCCA